AUGGAUGCAGAAAUAAGAGAAGGACCAAACUGUUAUGAGAAUCAACUACGAGCUAUGUCGAUGUGUUGGUCUGGGCUUGAUUCGAUGGGUUCAUAUGGUGCCACAUCCAAUUAUUCGCAUCAAUCGGGUACAUGUCCAACGUUACCGAUGACAAUUACCACGCAAAAUGACCAACAGCAACACGCCCUCGACCUCAUCCUUAUCAUCCUCCCCAGCAUCAACGAAAAAAAACCCGUUCCCGUUCCUGAAAACCUCAAAGAUGAGGCAUAUCGUGAACGUAGAAUGAAAAACAAUGAAUCAGCCAGAAAAUCUCGAGAACUGAGGCGUCAAAAAGAAGAAUCAACGCAACUACGAUGUGACCAACUUCAGCAAGAGAACCAUAUUCUGCGGGCCGAAUUGUCCCUAUUACGGAACCAAAUGGAACAAUUCAGACAAAUCUUCUCCAUUUCCUCCAACAAUUUACAACAAAAUUUCUUCUCCAACAGUUCCGUUCCUGGUUUAUAA